AUGCCUGCCGUCGACGCCCAAGAGACAGAUGAGCUGCUGGAACGCAGUGAGAGACGAGCUAAGCGGUUGUUAUCUGGGUUCCUGGACUUUGCAUUCUCAGGCAAUAUCCUUGAAAUCGCCUUCGGUCUGAUUCUUGCCUCAGCCUUCACGGCCCUCACGACGUCGUUCGUGAGCGACAUCUUACUGCCGCCGCUCUCGGUGAUAUUACCGCUGAACAGAAAUUUGGACGAGAAGUUCGCCGUCCUGCAGUCCGGGCCCAAUUACGACGCUCUAGAUGGCUACACGACGCUUUCGCAGGCUCAGGAGGACGGCGCCGUUGUGCUAGCUUAUGGCCUCUUUCUAAAUAGAUGCGUCAACUUCUUGGGCCUCGGUUUGGCUCUCUACGGCCUGGCGCUUCUCUACGAGCGCUUGUCUCAUGACCCUAUCGUCAAACACUCCAUUAAGUGUCGGUAUUGCAAGAAGCGUAUCAGUGAUAAGGCCCUUCGUUGCGUGAAUUGUACGAGCUGGCUCGAUGGACGCGAGGAUACCAGACGGAUCUGGCCGGACAAUGUGGCACAACAGUAA